GGAAUUCUUUUGAUAGCGCCCUUUAAUAUAUAUACCUUGGUACGCAGCAGAAAACCCAAACAGGACUAGCGGCAUGUUGGCUCCCCACCGCCUUUCUUUUAUCAGAACCUGGACGCCUUGCGCCCGAUCUUGACCAGAACUUAUCCAAACUACAAUCCCAAUCAUCAACUCUUCGCCGCUACCCAACGAGCUAUCAUCUAACACGAAACAUCAAGUGCCACAUAUUCGCCCCGCCACCUUGUAGUAAAAAAAAUAUAGUCGCGCUGUCGGCAUCUUGCCUUAGGCUCAUCCAAUACACCUGUGAUCGAGUCCUUCUCGAUCGCCGGCCAACGCUCAUAUUCCGCAGCUACGGCUACUAACGAUGAGGCAGAGAAGACAAAUAUCCCGACUGCAGCCGCUAUGAAUGAUGCUGAUGCAGCACUGUCGUUGCCAGCUGUUCCUCCCACCAAUCGUGACAAUGAUCGCCACGUGGAACCCAGCUUAAAGCUUGCCGAAAACAAAAUUCCAUUACAGGCGCCUCCUACCUCUGACAAGCAGAAACCAGAGGGGGAGAGUGGUGGUAGUGGUAGCGACGAUACAGUCAGCAUAAAAGCGGACUCAGAGGCGGAAACCAUCAUCCAGUCGGGGCGGGAGGAGCUAUCGCCGGAGAAAAAGAGAAGGUACAUACAGCACAAACGCGAUAGGAGCCUGGGGAGAGCUGAAGAUGAGAGGGACUUUGGAGUCGCAUCGUUACCCGAAAGUGGAAAACCACGAAAGCGACUGCGGGUAGAAAGCGAUAAUGUGGAUGGUAGAUCUCUCAAAGUGCGUGACCCUGGCGAACAGACUUCGCGAGCCUCAUCUCCACCAGGGGAAACGAAGUACACGAAACAGAAGGAAACUGGAGACUCAGAAAAGACGUCUGCCACACGUGGUUUAUCCCACUCGCGUUUCGAUGGAUUAGAGGGGAACAAAAACCGCCAGUCGACGAAUCGUUGGUCAAGUGAAGGGGUUCGUGUGGAGGAAGGAGAGCCCCGCCGCCAUGGCGACCGUCAACAUGUAUCAGAUUCAUCCCACAACAAAAUUUCCGACGAAACAUCAAACACGUCGCAUUCACAACACUUAUCUAAGCAUCGUUCCACAUCACCAGCUUAUCGUUUACACCAUAGAGUUACAUCGGGAUCGCACUCAUCUAUUGAUAUCAAAAAGAGAAGACGAGCGCGACCGCCGCCUGCGACAGAUUCACGCCGCCAAGUUUCAGAGGACCGAGAGUCUACUUCGUCUUCCACCAGUGGAUCUCCUUUACCAUCUGCUUGUCUGCGCAAGCUAGCUUCUAGCGAGCAAGCCGCGAUAUCACCCGCAAAACAGAUGCAGGUAAAGAAACAACGAGAUCAAAAUGGUCGGACAAGACUUGCAAGGGCCUGUGCGAUGCAGGAAGUCGAGGCUGCGAAAGCGCGCCAUGCUGAGCGCCCAGAGGAUCUAAAUAUUUCUGACAACGCGGGGAACACGCCACUUCAGAUCGCUGCUCUUGAAGGCUGUGUAGAUAUCGUUAAGUUCCUAAUCGAAGCAGGAUGUGAAAUCGACACAAGGAAUAUUGACAGAGAUACUCCCCUUAUUGAUGCUGUGGAAAACGGCCAUUUGGAAGUUGUGAAAUUGCUUUUGGACGCGGGCGCCAAUCCUCGUCUCGGUAAUGCGGAGGGCGAUGAACCGUACGACCUUGUCCCGUCCGAUAGCCAGAACUACGAGGAAAUGCGAAAAAUCAUAGCGGAAGCCAAAGCCAAGGGGCAACGACGAAAGUCUGCAGAUCAAUCUGUUCGCGCCACUUCUUCCGGCAGGGAUCCUUCAUCGCGGGGCGCAUCGGCAGCCAGUCCUCGUGAUUCUCCCCCGGUUCAUGGCCAGCGAAGUCCUCCUCCACCUAGUCUAGGAGCUCGUAGGAGAACCGUGAGGAGUGAGGCAACAAGGAACGAUUUGUUAUGGACAAAAGCAACUCCGGAAAAUCUUCGAGAUUUUGCUGCUAAGGGGGAUAUGGCUGGUGUGGCAAAUAUCCUUAACGUGGGACAAAAAGCUGAUCCCGAGUCGCUAAUUGCCGCUGCGAAAGGUGGACAUGACGAAGUCUUGGGGAUUCUGUUGGGCAUGGGCGAUCCAGACCCGGAUCCGGAGCCGCUAUUAACUGGUAACCACAAUAAACCGGGGUAUAACACUCCCAUGCUCGCUGCAAUCGGCAGAGGGAACACUGCGGUUAUUCAACUCUUACUAGACCAACGAGGAUUUGACCCCACGCGUCUUGACCGCCGUGGCCGAACAUAUUACGAAUUAUCAAGAGAACGUAAAGGAGAUCACUGGGAAAGAGAGUAUGAACUUUUAAAACGAGCAUAUGAUAACCAUUUAAGAACCCUCAAGAACCGCAGGCCUGAUACGAAAUCUCCUCGAAGGGUUCGUGAUAAAGACACAGAUGUGAAAAAGCACGCUCGACGGGAAUCGUCGUCCCCAGCUCCUCCAUCGCAACGAAAAGCUGCCAGAACAUCCGAUUCGGGUCGCCAAACUGAACGUUCCACUCGGGAAACAGAUCAUGUAAAGGAAAGGAGGAAGCCUGAAGCUGCCGGCCAUGAGAAGGAUAAACGAGUUGCAUCCGGGGGGAAUCGGUUGAAGCCGCCAAACAGAGAAAGCAGCAAUCUUGACCAGUCUGCAGGCGGAUCUGACCAAGAAACACGCCCAGACCGUAAAUGCCCAAAGGAUUCUGUACCCUCUCACAACGGGGAUGAGCCUGUCAAGCGUCGGCGCCUCAUUGCGGGCCGGCCUCCUGACCGAGUGAAGCGAAGGGAGAGCCUGAUGUCGUCUGAUUCACUUUCUAGCCGUGAGGAAACUAUUAAACAACGGAACGAGCCUGCAAACCCUGACGUAAAGCCAUCUAAGGAGGCGCCGCCACGGAAACGUUCUCGAAACAGUGUAUCACCAGAACCAUCACAGCCCCGUGGCCGUCAACACAAGGAGGACAGUGUUCGUGACGCUCAAAAUCAAAAGAAGCGGAGACGCGUCCAGUCUGAAGAGAACGGUAUAUCUUCCUCCAAUAGCAGUGCAACACAGAAGCCUCUGGAACUACCAGUACCUCCCUCAAAAACUCAGCCGAGGCAGAAAAACAAUGCCCCCAAGUUAGGCCACGAAAAAUCUCGUGGUGGUGAUAACGAUGUAGAUAAAGAGUCUUCUGCUGCACAAGGCCCAAUUCAGGAACGUCUACUAGCAAACAGGACCAAAGAACUCUGAGCCGCACAUCAAAGACAUCCCUAUGGAAGAUGUUGGU